GCUAGUUGGAAUUAAAAAAUAGAGUUAAUAUGAAACGGAGUAGUGAAGCCUUCUAAGUUCUGUUACAAAAGUUAGUUGUUUGAUGUAGGUGACUUUGGUCUAACACAGCUGAAGUUAGACAUUUUUCAAAACUUCCCAAAAGAUGAUCGUCUGUGUUGCAGUCGUCGGCCACCAGAAUAAUCCACUCUACAUUCAAAGCUUUAAUGAAGGUGAUGAUGCCCUUAAGCUUCAUCACAUCGUUCACUGCUCCCUUGAUGUUAUUGACGAACGAGUGAACAAUCCCAAGAAAUCUGGGCCGAUGCUGAAUGAAACAUUUUUAGGUCUGCUUUAUCCAACAGAAAACUACAAAGUAUAUGGCUAUUUGACCAACACUAAGGUGAAAUUCAUCUUGGUAACCACCGAUUUAGAUGUAAGAGAUGCUGACAUGAGAAAUUUCUUUAGGAAGUUCCAUGCAGCUUAUGUUGAUGCGGUUUCAAAUCCUUUCCACGUCCCCGGUAAAAAGAUAACCUCUCGGACAUUUGCUGAAAGGGUCAGUAAUAUUGUCAAGUCUUUUGGAUUGGGUUCAUCUGGAUGAAGUGUGAAACUGUUAACAUCUGCUCUUUAUUUGGGAUUCGUGAAGCCUCUAUGCUCGAAGUAUCUGACCUGUUUUCAUUGCUGAAGGAAGUUGACUGCAGCCAAAAUAUAAGGUGAUUUCAUUUUGUUAUGGGGAUUGUAGCAGUUAGGCACAAAUUAUAUUAUCAUGAACUAUCCUGUUGAUGCCCUGAUUUUUUGAGCUUUUAUCUCAUAAAGAAGCUAAAGGGUAAAAUCUGUCAGAGCUUGUAUAUUGUCACCUGAUCUUUUACAUUCAUUCAAUAGCAGGGGUGUUUUUGUAGAAUAUCAUUUUCAUUCUUAUUUCAAUUCAUAAAAGUCAGUUUCUUAUUGACUUGAAGACACUUUCAACUAUA